CGCAGUAAACACAGAAAUAUGGAUAGCGUCCGAUAAUUCGAAACAAUAAACUGAAUUUUACACACAAAACUAGGCCUUAAGUGAGGUGAUUCGAGCUCCAACUUAGCAAAUGAAAAACCCUUUCUGAUACGUUUUUGUGCAUUUGAGUGCAUUUGUAAUUUUCAGAUACCCUAUUCUAUCUUGACUUCCGCUUCUGGAAAAGUCUUGCAUAAGAAAACAAACGCAAUAGAAGAUUGCAGACAAACUGUGACGUUUCGUGUUGUAGCUUGGUAAGAACGAAUAUUUACAGAAAAGUGUGAAGGAUAAGUUAAAAUGCUGUCUACACGUUUAGUGAUGACCACUAGGGUCCCUCUCACUGCUUUUGUCAGUGGGUUGGGCAAGACACCAGUUAAAUCACAUCAAGUAACCAGAAUACAGAAGUAUGCUAAUGGGACUAAAAGUGGUCUUGGCACAAGAGCUAAAAGAAGAUCGAUAAAAGAUAUUGCUAUGGCUCCUGCAGGAGAUUCAGCAUUCAGUCUAGGGCAAGGUGUGGUAGCAGGUUCUGCUGUGUUUGGUUUAGGAGCUUUAUGUUAUUAUGGAUUAGGAAUGUCAAGUGAAGUUGGUGCUAUUGAUAGGGCUGCAUUAUGGCCUAAAGUGGUAAAGGCGCGCAUUAGAGAUACAUACAUGUAUUUUGGUGGAAGUAUAGCUCUUUCAGCCAUAUCUGCUGCAACAUUAUGGCGUAGUCCACAAGCAAUGAGUCUGAUGAUGAGGCGCCCCAUGUUGACUUUCGGAGCUCAGAUUGUUGGUUUGAUUGGAGCUGGUAUGGUUUGUAGAUCCAUGGAAUAUACUGGUGGAUUUAGUGCUAAACAUUUAGUAUGGAUGGCAUAUAGUGGUAUAGUUGGUACCACCUUGGCACCAUUAGCUGUUCUUGGUGGACCUUUAUUAAUAAGAGCUGCCUGGUACACUGCUGGCAUUGUUGGGGGGUUAUCAGCUGUAGCAAUGUGUGCACCAAGUGAGAAAUUUUUGAACAUGGGAGGACCAUUGGCUAUUGGUCUUGGAGUUGUGUUUGCUUCAUCUAUUGGAGGUAUGUUCUUACCACCUACCACAGCACUAGGAGCUGGUCUUUAUUCUAUAACUAUGUAUGGUGGAUUAGUUCUCUUUAGUGCCUUCUUACUAUAUGAUACCCAGAAAAUCAUCAAAAAAGCUGAAACUCAUCCAACUUACGGAGUGCGACGUUAUGAUCCUAUCAAUGGAUGUCUGGGAAUCUAUAUGGAUACUAUCAAUAUAUUUAUAAGAUUAGCUAUAUUAUUAUCUAAUGGUGGAGGUGGUAGAAGGAAAUAAAUAUUUUGUGAUGUUGUGAUUGUAGAAAACAUUGUGAACUGUUUAUUGUGAUAUCUUUGAUUCAGUCACCUGAUACAGACAUUGAACAUCUAAUUUCCACUAGACUUAACCAUAAAGGUACUAGCCCAGGAGUCUAAGUGAUUUGGUAUCUUUUCUAUCUGGGAUUGUCCUUGUUUAAAAAAAAAAAUGUGUUACUGUGUAUAAUAAGGUAGAUAAAUGACCUGUAUUGUAAAAUAAAUUGUUUCCAGAUCA